GCAGGACAGAUUGUCACAGUUUGCCAGCUGUUUAGAGACUGAAGACGUCCGGCUGUGGAAGCUCGCUGCUACUUGUUUUUGCAGACAAUAACCACCGCAGUGAACAAGUGAAUGUACUCAAAGGACUUGUCCGGCGCUUUAUCACAAUAAGCUAAACAGUCGCCCACAGAACUACAAAGAGAACCAACAUGCCUGUUCUCUCAGCACCUAGUGAUGUCUGCGGCUCGUCCCCAUCUCCAGUGGAGAGCAGCCACAGGAGGCUGUCCUGGGGCAAACUGGUGCAGCGCAUCACUGAUUUUAGCACAUCUACCAACAGCAGCAUUGAUCUGGACGACAGCAGCAGCAGCAACAGUGAUCUCUCAGACUCGGGUUCAGACUUCUCCAGCGACUUAUCUCCCUCCAAUGAAGAUUUGUUCUACGAUCCAAUGGAGGAGUUGAUCCUGAAAGACGUAGUGGACCUUAUUGCAACGAGCUUAAAAGAAGCCAAAGAUUCAGACUGUGCCUUGCGCUGCUCCAAACUGCUCAUCCCAGAGAAGCUCCUGGAGCACAUUGGACACGAGCUCCUUCACCUGGCAGCGAGUGAGCCCUGCGGGUUAAGGGGGGCUCUCAUUGACCUCUGCGUGGAGCAGGAGGCCGUCUGCGAGAGCAUGGGGCAGUUGUCUGUGGACCCCUACCUCGUCCCCACCUUCCAGCUGACUCUGGUCUUGAGGCUGGAGUCUGGUGGGCUGUGGCCCAAAAUUCAAGGACUUUUCACCUCGAAAUCUCCAUCCACUCCAGUCGUGAGACAAGCUAUCAAACUAAGCACUGGUUUCCGAGUGAUAAAGAAGAAACUGUACAGUUCUGAAGAUCUUCUGAUUGAAGAAUGUUAAUUCUGUAAAUCUAACAGAAGGGCCUCCUCUAUGUAACUGAAGAGUGAGGAUGGACUGAGUCCAGAAGUUGCCCAUUGACUGUACCUUAGUUUAAGUUAAUGGUACCUGAAGUGGAUGACAGCCCUUUUUUCCCCACUUACAUUGUGUUACCAUCACACUAUAUACAUUUAAUAGCAUUUUUGCAAGUACUAAAAUGCAUACUUCAGUUUCUGUUGAAACUACAUGAUGGCAGCUAGCGAUAUCCUUUUAUUCAUUGAGAUUGUGCUUUCCUUUUCUUUUCAUUUUAUUGUGUUUUACAUGACAGAUAACUGAAUUGUACCCCUAAACCAUAAGGUGGAUCUGAUAGACUGAAAAGCAAAGGCCUUCCGGUGGUUUGCCUUGUGCUGUAUAAUGUGGAAUCUCUGGUUGACGAUUCUUGUAUCCGUGUAGACCACUUCUGCUUUCAACUUUAUUCAUUUGAUAUUCAAAUACUCAUGAUGUUGCACUGAUUUUUGUACUUUCAUGGUCACAAAUAAAUUAUUUUUUUAACAAUUCA